AUGGCAACCUCCACUCCGAAGUGCGGGAGUCAGUGCGACCCUGAAAAGAAAGAACGAGUCUUCACUUGUGAAGAUGGGUUCGGCUCUCCGCGGUUUCUGCACCUUCACAACGAGAAAGGUGCAUGCCUAUCAGAAAAAACAACAGCUACGGCCAGCUAUGUCAUCAAGCAUCACAACAAGUCGGGCGAUCUCGAGUUUUACUAUUUGACUUCAGAAAAGCUUCAGGAGAGGAAACGUCGACCCGCCAAAUCCACAUCUCCCAAUGCCACAGUACCAAAAGUCGGAUGCAGGAUUGUCGGAAUGGUAGCGAACCUGAGCUUCCUCCGUGAUACCCUCGAUGGCAAGAUGACUCUCCUCGAAGAAGUUCGCUUGAUACACAUCCAUAACACCACCACCCAAACCGACGAAGAAUUCCGAGCCGAAUUGUUGAGAUCAGAGAAACCACCAUUGUCCCUCGAAGAGCUGGAGGCCCAGGCUGAGAUGGACGUCGGUGUCCUCGACAGGCUCCGCGCGCCCUUUAAUCCCGUCGCGAGAACACGAAGAGUCGCCGUCGAAAGACACCUGCAGCCCUCUUUCAUGCCAGGAAGCUGCAACUUUCGAAUUGAUCAAGAGGCCAGAGAAUAA